AUUUCACAAAACGGUGGAUGUUUCCUGGUUCAUGGUUAAUGACACAUUUAUUUUAUAUCGAAAAUAUAUAAAAUAACGAUUUACUACAGAUAAAUAUUUGGCGUCACAGUCGUCCCGUGAGUUGGUACCAAACCAUGCUCGAUAGAUACACAACGUGAUAUCUUCGAAAACAACAUCAACGAGGUAAAAUAAGCUAACGCGGCUAGCUAGUAUCAAUUGAUCAUCAGCUGGCUGCGUGUUUUUGUGUUGUUUAGGUGCCAGUUAACUGCUAACGCUGUCAUCGCAAACUGGCUCACGGUUGUAAGGUCUAGAUGACCAAUUUAGCACGCAAGAUAACACAUCAGUCUUUAGUUUGGGUUGAUCCAUAUUGAAUAAUGGCCUGUCCCAAGUUGCUAACUAGCUAUGCUAACGUCCUUCGAAAUGCUGAUGUUUUGAUUUUGCUUUGUGUGGUGGAAAAGGGACGUGUUUAUUUGAUGACAACCUGAUAUGUUUACUAAUUGUUCUAACUAAUAAUAAUUGAUGGUGGUUUGAAUAAUCGAUAGAUUGAUUUCAACAAGUGUCAUGACAUACUACAUUGGUUUUGGUUUCUCUUUGAUGCAACAGUUCCUUAGCUCUCACUUCCGUUAUCGUGUUACGUUGGGACACACCAUCAGGAGUCUUUGUAUUGGGAGUCCAAUACACAGACUCCCGAUGUUGUGUCCCAGGCUGGUUAUCGCGGUGUCUUACACACGCUGCCAAGCCCAAUGUAGAGCAGGUUAUCGUGGUGUCUUACACACGUAGCAAAGCCCAAUGUAGAGCAGGUUAUCGUGGUGUCUUACACUCGUAGCAAAGCCCAAUGUAGAGCAGGUUAUCGUGGUGUCUUACACACGUAGCCAAGCCCAAUGUAGAGCAGGUUAUCGUGGUGUCUUACACACGCAGCAAAGCCCAAUAUAGAGCAGGUUAUCAUGGUGUCUUACACACGUAGCAAAGAUAAGAAAGAGACGAAGAGUUCAACUGACGCCUCCUAUUUAUUUUACUACCCAGACCUUUUCUCUGCAUUUUCAAAGGUCAACUCGUAGCUAGAAUCUCAAUCCUUGACUUGUAGUACAACUGGCAUGGACCACAAUGAUUGUCAUUCUAAAAUAUGCUGGAAAUAAAUAAUUUUUUUCCCAAAUAUAUGCUACUCUGUGUCAGACUUGUUGCAUUGUCUUAGUGCUGUAUAACUGACUCGUCGGUCUACCUCUUGCUCUCUGCUAGCUAGGCCUGGUAUGGAGCCUGGCAUGGAGGCAAUGGAGGACGAUAUCUGCAUCCUGAAGCACGAGACUGCAUAUGGUGGAGCAGGGGAGAGCCCCGUGUCUGUAUGUGCGGGGGAUGAGUCUGUGGCCUCCCACUUUGCCCUGGUCACGGCAUACGAGGACAUUAAGAAGAGGCUGAGGGACACGGAGAGAGAGAACACGCUGCUGAGGAAGAGAGUCAAACAACUGGAGGAUAAGGUACAGCAUGAGGGGGGGGCUUCAUUAGACACAACAGUCAGCACACUCGGCACCCAAAAUAGGUUGAAAUACUGCUCUGCUCUAAGAACUUCAUACAUACCUUGAUACAGCAAGUAAGUUCUCAGCAGUAGCAGUAAAAUAAAAAGUUAUUAUCCCGAUAGGGUAAUAUAUUUUUUUUGGGACAGAUAAAACCUCAGAUGGUCAAAGUACAUCUAGCACUAUUGCCAUGAGUUGUUCUCACAAUAAGAUCAAUGUCACUAUCAAUGUGUUGAGCUAAUCAUGAGAUUCAACAGCUGUGUGUUGUAACCUGUAGCUGUGUCGUAACCGAUGAUGUAUGGUUGUAACCUGUAGCUGUGUGGUAACCGGUGAUGUAUGGUUGUAACCUGUAGCUGUGUCGUAACCUGUAGCUGUAUGGUUGUAACCUGUAGCUGUGUGUUGUAACCUGUAGCUGUGUCGUAACCUGUAGAUGUAUGGUUGUAACCUGUAGCUGUGUCGUAACCGAUGAUGUAUGGUUGUAACCUGUAGCUGUGUCGUAACCGGUGAUGUAUGGUUGUAACCUGUAGCUGUGUCGUAACCGAUGAUGUAUGGUUGUAACCUGUAGCUGUGUCGUAACCGAUGAUGUAUGGUUGUAACCUGUAGCUGUGUCGUAACCUGUAGCUGUAUGGUUGUAACCUGUAGCUGUGUCGUAACCGAUGAUGUAUGGUUGUAACCUGUAGCUGUGUCGUAACCGAUGAUGUAUGGUUGUAACCUGUAGCUGUGUCGUAACCGGUGAUGUAUGGUUGUAACCUGUAGCUGUGUCGUAACCGAUGAUGUAUGGUUGUAACCUGUAGCUGUGUCGUAACCGAUGAUGUAUGGUUGUAACCUGUAGCUGUGUCGUAACCUGUAGCUGUAUGGUUGUAACCUGUAGCUGUGUCGUAACCGAUGAUGUAUGGUUGUAACCUGUAGCUGUGUCGUAACCGGUGAUGUAUGGUUGUAACCUGUAGCUGUGUCGUAACCGAUGAUGUAUGGUUGUAACCUGUAGCUGUGUCGUAACCGAUGAUGUAUGGUUGUAACCUGUAGCUGUGUCGUAACCUGUAGCUGUAUGGUUGUAACCUGUAGCUGUGUCGUAACCUGUAGCUGUAUGGUUGUAACCUGUAGCUGUAUGGUUGUAACCUGUAGCUGUGUCGUAACCGGUGAUGUAUGGUUGUAACCUGUAGCUGUGUCGUAACCGAUGAUGUAUGGUUGUAACCUGUAGCUGUUCAGGCCUGAAGCCCCUUCCCCUGAAGGACCCCAGUAUGUCAACAAGGCCUUCAGUGCCUACCGUGGCAUCUACAUCCAGAAGGAGGACCUGCAACUGGAGCUUCAUAAACUGGUAUGUACAGUCUAGUUGGUAGGUACAGUCUAGUUGGUAUGUACAGUCUAGUUGGUAUGUACAGUCUAGUUGGUAGGUACAGUCCAGUUGGUAUGUACAGUCUAGUUGGUAUGUACAGUCUAGUUGGUAUGUACAGUCCAGUUGGUAUGUACAGUCCAGUUGGUAUGUACAGUCUCGUUGGUAGGUACAGUCUCGUUGGUAGGUACAGUCUAGUUGGUAGGUACAGUCUAGUUGGUAGGUACAGUCUAGUUGGUAGGUACAGUCUAGUUGGUAUGUACAGUCUAGUUGGUAUGUACAGUCUAGUUGGUAGGUACAGUCCAGUUGGUAUGUACAGUCUAGUUGGUAUGUACAGUCUAGUUGGUAUGUACAGUCUAGUUGGUAUGUACAGUCUAGUUGGUAUGUACAGUCUAGUUGGUAUGUACAGUCUAGUUGGUAUGUACAGUCUAGUUGGUAUGUACAGUCUAGUUGGUAUGUACAGUCUCGUUGGUAGGUACAGUCUCGUUGGUAGGUACAGUCUAGUUGGUAUGUACAGUCUAGUUGGUAUGUACAGUCCACUAGAUCCUGAUCCAGCUGGUAUGGACAGUCCACUAGAUCCUGAUCCAGCUGGUAUGUACAGUCCACUAGGUCCAGUUGGUAUGGACAGUCCACUAGGUUCAGCUGGUAUGUACAGUCCACUAGGUCCAGCUGGUAUGGACAGUCCACUAGAUCCUGGUCCAGCUGGUAUGGACAGUCCACUAGAUCCUGAUCCAGCUGGUAUGGACAGUCCAGCUGGAAUGGACAGUCCUCUAGGUCCAGUUGGUAUGUACAGUCCAGUUGGUAUGUACAGUCCACUAGAUCCUGAUCCAGCUGGUAUGUACAGUCCACUAUGUCCAGCUGGUAUGGACAGUCCACUAGAUCCUGAUCCAGCUGGAAUGGACAGUCCACUAGAUCCUGAUCCAGCUGGUAUGGACAGUCCACUGAGCUCAUCAAGUUAUGGUGGUUACUAACUUCAUCAUCUCUUCAGCGUCUACUGUUUUCUCCUUAUGAAGCUAUUAACCAAUACAUGUAUUGAUGACACGGCUGUUAGGUUCAUAUCUGAGAUGUUAUGUUAGCAGCACAGGUCUGACUGUCUACUUCCUAUACUCCAGCCAAUCAAUGACUCUUCCUGUCUAUAUCCUGUCUCUUUGUAACUGUCUUUCCUACUGCUUCACUGACUCAUCAUCUCUUUAUCCUGUCUCUUUGUAACUGUCUUUCCUACUGCUUCACUGACUCAUCAUCUCUUUAUCCUGUCUCCUUGUGUCUUUCCUACUGCUUCACUGACUCAUCAUCUCUUUAUCCUGUCUCUUUGUAACUGUCUUUCCUACUGCUUCACUGACUCAUCAUCUCUUUAUCCUGUCUCUUUGUAACUGUCUUUCCUACUGCUUCACUGACUGUUCAUCUCUUUGUAACUGUUUCUUCUACUGCUUCAAUGACUCUUCCUGUCUCUUUGUAACUGUUUCUCCUACUGCUUCACUGACUCUUCCUCUCUUUCAUAUACUAAUUAUCUUUCUUUAACUCUGUUUCUCUAGAAGAGGGAGAAGAGUGAGUCUGAGAGGCGCCUUAAUGAGCAGCUGCAGGCCAAAGAGAUGGAGCUGCUGCAGUUAAAGACAGAGAUGGAGACCAGCCAAGGUACUUUAAUGACCAGGGACUUAACCUCAGCCAAGGUACUUUAAUCACCAGGGACUUAACCUCAGCCAAGGUACUUUAAUCACCAGGGACUUAACCUCAGCCAAGGUACUUUAAUGACCAGGGACUUAACCUCAGCCAAGGUACUUUAAUCACCAGGGACUUAACCUCAGCCAAGGUACUUUAAUCACCAGGGACUUAACCUCAGCCAAGGUACUUUAAUCACCAGGGACUUAACCUCAGCCAAGGUACUUUAAUUACCAGGGACUUAACCUCAGCCAAGGUACUUUAAUCACCAGGGACUUAACCUCAGCCAAGGUACUUUAAUGACCAGGGACUUAACCUCAGCCAAGGUACUUUAAUCACCAGGGACUUAACCUCAGCCAAGGUACUUUGAUGACCAGGGACUUAACCUCAGCCAAGGUACUUUAAUGACCAGGGACUUAACCUCAGCCAAGGUACUUUAAUGACCAGGGACUUAACCUCAGCCAAGGUACUUUGAUGACCAGGGACUUAACCUCAGCCAAGGUACUUUAAUGACCAGGGACUUAACCUCAGCCAAGGUACUUUGAUGACCAGGGACUUAACCUCAGCCAAGGUACUUUGAUGACCAGAUACUUCACCUCAGCCAAGGUACUUUGAUGACCAGGAACUUAACCUCAGCCAAGGUACUUUGAUGACCAAGGACUUAUCCUCAGCCAUGGUACUUUGAUGACCAGGGACUUAACCUCAGCCAAGGUACUUUGAUGACCAGAGACUUAACCUCAGCCAAGGUACUUUAAUCACCAGGGACUUAACCUCAGCCAAGGUACUUUAAUUACCAGGGACUUAACCUCAGCCAAGGUACUUUAAUUACCAGGGACUUAACCUCAGCCAAGGUACUUUAAUUACCAGGGACUUAACCUCAGCCAAGGUACUUUAAUCACCCGGGACUUAACCUCAGCCAAGGUACUUUAAUUACCAGGGACUUAACCUCAGCCAAGGUACUUUGAUGACCAGGGACUUAACCUCAACCAAGGUACUUUAAUCACCAGGGACUUAACCUCAGCCAAGGUACUUUAAUUACCAGGGACUUAACCUCAGCCAAGGUACUUUAAUUACCAGGGACUUAACCUCAGCCAAGGGACAGUAUCAUCACCAGGUUUUCCUCUUAUUCUCACCAACAGACUGACAGGAAGUGUCAUCUUGACCAGGCAGGGACUUUCCCUUACGCUCAGCCAAGGUGUGAUGACCAGGAAUGUCCCUAAUGUCCAGCUAAGGGACAGUUGAUGCCCAUGACCUUUUACUGAGCCUAGAAGCACAACUCCCAAUGUGCCCACUAUCCCACAGAAAAGCUAGAGUGUUUAUCGUUCAACCUCCCUACCCUGAUGUUCAACGUUUCUCCCAUCCUAGCAGAGAUACAGAAGUGGAGUGGGACUGAUGUCAAGUGACACGGAAGUGACAAAGUGUAUGUAACUAUGCAUGUUCUCUCCCUGCACAGUGAUGAAGUCUCUAACCAGUACUCAGGACGACUGGCAGGUGGACAGGGUCAACAGUGAACUGAAGAUCCACACUCUGCAGGAGGAGUUGGAGAGGAUGACUCGGGAGAAAAACCGACUGCAGGAGCAUUGUGGGGUAAGACUAUGGGAAUAUAGAACCACAAGUGUGUUUCAUUCACAAAAGUCCCGAUGAAGGUCUGUUGACCAAAACCCGAUGAAGGUCUGUUGACCAAAACCUUUGUUUGAGGUCCAUGAUGACACAUUGUGGAGCAACAAGAAUUCCAGUGUAGUGUGCUGGGCUUUCAUUUCCAGACAUGGUAUGUGAACUACGCUCUUUUUCUAGGGUUUUAUUUAUAACCCUUUUGAAGCCGUAUGUCCUCCUCUUCCUAGGAUUCUUCUGGAACUGACUGUGACCAGAAUGACAUGGAGUCUAACCCCAGGUAUGUCCUUCAUCUCCCCAGAUUGGUGCUUCAGGUUUGACCCCAGAGAAGAUCUCACUAAAUUGCAGCAGAAUGAGACCCAUUUGAAACACCUGUCGUAGUGUAGAUGCUAUGACCAGCCAC